GUAAUUAAGUAUAUUUAUGAAUUGUUAACAAAUUCUACAUCGAAUCUAAUAAAAGAGCAAUGCGUUGGCUACUUUGGUGUGUACUGAUCGGUAGCUUUCUGGGAAUGGUUAGAUUGAUUGAGGCUAAAGCUAAACAGAUUCCAAUGGUUAAGCUAGGACUACACAAUAACUAUAAUGAGAUAGUGCGAGAUUUGAUCAAGAAUUGGGAAUCACCUAUUGUUUAUUUGCGUCAACUUGGUUACCUGCCGAAUGACUAUGAAGACACCUCCAGAAUCAAGCCCAAUUUAGAUGCGUUAAUGAGUCGCAUGGAUCGUGAUGAGGAGAAGCAGGCGUUGGGUCCAGAUAGAGAUAAAGCCAAGCAGCUCUUCUGUGGAGCUUCCGAGUUAAGAACAAAGAAAAAGCGAGAUAAUGUGUUGGGACAACGCGCACAACGUUCGCCAACUGAAAGUCAGGGCUUAAACUAUCCCAGUGUUGAUCAGCUGCUGGCCAUGAAGCAACCAUCCCUGGCUGUGGCAAUGUCCGCGGCCAAGGUCGAUGAGCUGCUGCCUAAACUGAAGUCAGCCGAUCAUCACAGUCCAAGUAAUUCGCAGUUAAUACUCUUGAGCCAUCUGCUGGCCAAACAACAGCCGGAGCAAUUGCAUCCACAAUCCGAGACGAAUCAAAAAUCUGAUGACUUCCUGCAGCGAUUGGUGGCAAAAACAAGUCCGCAGCAAACGGAGACACAGGUUGCCGCAGGUUCACAAUUAAUUGAGGAUAAUGCGAUGAAACGAACACCAGAGAUCCUGCCCAGCAACAGUGUAAAGAGCUCCAUAUCUGGCUCGGGAUCUGGAGAUACCAACGUGUUGAUCGCCAGGAUGAGGCGCAAUCUAAAAUCCAGAUUGAGGCACCGCACUAUCUAAAUUGGGAUAUCGCCAACAAUAAGCUCAAACAGAUUUCACCGCUCGAGAAGAGCACGUAUGUGGAUAAAUUG